AAUCACGAACCUGUAUACGUCAACUUCGAGCUGCGAUUAAAUAAGAUUGUCAAACUGGACAUGAAGGAGCAAUUGCUAGUGAUCAACGCAAAAUUGUUUUUGAAAUGGAGGGAUCCUCAGCUUGCGUGGAAUAUGUCCGAGUGGAAUGGCACAAAUUAUCUGAAUGUGCCCAAUUCAAAAAUCUGGACACCUGAUAUUAUGCUUUAUAAUACUGCCAGGGAUGACAGCAGAGAUCCAUCUGAUAUGUACAAGACGAAAGUUUUGAUCAACCACGACGGAGACAUCAUUUGGGUUGCACCAGUAACACUGAAGGCUUCUUGUGCCGUUGAUAUCAAAUGGUUCCCGUUCGACAAUCAAGAAUGCAAACUGACUUUCGGAUCAUUGUCAUACACCCGCAGUAGGCUUAAUAUCAGGUUCAGAAAGCAGCCAAAAAAUGCUGCAGGAAUGCAGGGAAAUUUUCACUACUCGAAUGGAGAUUGGGAUAUCAGCAGUGUAUCCUCGAGACAACUUUCGGAGAGGUACGAAUGGAGUCCAGAACCAUAUGCGUUGAUUGAGUAUUCAAUUUCACUCAAACGAAUGUUCACGUAUUACAUGUUGUACCUUGUGUUGCCAUGUUUAGGGCUCGUAUUUUUGGGACCGUUUAUGUUCUAUCUUCCUGCAGACAGUGGAGAGCGAACUGGAUUUGGUGUAACUGUGGUUUUGGCACUCAGUGUGUACUUGCUUGUGAUAUCAGACCAGCUCCCAGAGAAGUCGGACAGGACACCAUUGAUUGGUGCAUUGUACAUUGUUAUCUUCUUUCUUUUGGUCCUUGCAUUAAGUGUUGGCAUUGUCACCACCCAUCUUUGCUACAAGACUAAUGAACCGCCCAAAUGGCUGUGGAGAGUGCUCUUCAAAAAGAAGCAACAUUUGAGACCAAUUGAUACCGUCAAGGAAAAUCAGAUGAAAAGCGAUGGUCUGGUUAUGCAAACAAUGGAAACCGUAGCACAACAAAGACCUGAUCUGACAAAACGCUUCUCUACAAUCUCUGGGGAGGUUAUUCCAACGAUUGAUGAAGCAGAGACCAACCAACACAAAUGGCGAAUAAUUUCAGCCAAGAUUGACAAGAUAAUGUUCUGGUGCUACCUAGCAAUGGUCAUCGUCAUACCAGCCAUUGUAUGCGUCUGCUUCAUCUGACUUAGCAUGCCAUAGCUCACAUUGAGGUAAUCUCAACCUCUCGUUCUACUCUAAAAAUUAAUGCACAUCUUUGUUAUAAUGUUUGUUAAUGAAUGUCCGUAUGUUAUAAUGUUUGAUGCUAUCAUCCACAGUAGAAUCCGCAUGAGUCUAGAAUUCCAGAGCUACUUGGAAAAGCUUCCAGAAACAGGCUUGUCAUUGAACUGAUUUUUGUUUCUUCGCGUUCCAGUCUUCAAGUCGACAAUUCCUCUCAAUUUGGUCCUUACACGGGGCCGUUAUCACCGAAGCAGUGUAUGGAAAAUUUUCUAACAGUAUUUGUCUCUGCUGUUUAAAUGAUUUCAACUCAGGCAUUUUAUACUACAAACUGUUAUUCAGACAAAAAAUAUGCAUUUUUUAUCGGCCUAAGUUUUGAAGUUACCAAACAAAUUUUCUUAAAUUCAGCCAUUUCCAAGUUCUAAUUUAACGUGUCAAAGUUGACUAUAAGGCAAUGAACGCAUUUUGUUUUUGCCAGGAUUUCAUAAUGCUUGUCACACCACGCAUUAAUUCUUUACUUAUAAGUGUUGUAUCAUUGACAUAUCAACCUGCUCGUAGCAUAAAAGCUUCUAUUAUUCACUUCUUUCAUUUGCCAAAUAUAUGCACACGAAUUUUUUACAAUCAUCUUAAUAUUUAAUUAUUUCAAAUCUUUUUUACUUUUUGCAACGUUCUCUAAAAGAACUUUCCUAACAGAAUUUUUCCUAACUUAAUGCAAAGUUCCCUAAUAGAACUUUACUGGCAAUUUCAAGCCCAUGAUCCUUAAAUAGGAAUGUGUUGCCCAGCUCAUGGUUCAUAGUCUUUUCGAAAGGAAGUUGACCGGGGGUCAACUUUGUUUAUAUAGAGGAGGCCAGUAGCUUUCUGUUUAAAACAAUAAAAAGCCACUAGGGCUGGAGGGUCACUUCUCCCCUCCCCCCAGACAGCAUUGCCCUGUUAUGGUUCCUAUGUCUAUAUCUCCAAGAUUGCCAUUUGUGACCAGAAUAUUGGUAUUUAACCCUGUAAUUGAAAAUUGUUCGCUGCUUUCAUUUAUAACUCGCUUUUUUUGUUUAAUUAUUCAAAGUUCGAUUCUUAAUCUUUGUAAUGUCUUUGUAAAUGAUGAAAAAAAUAUAAUAUUGUUAUGAAAAAUUACGCAAUGUAAAGUUCUAAUGUCAGUUUGUCGAAAUAUCUUGCAUGCAUAGACAAACCGAUUUUCUGAAAAUAAAAUCAUUUCGGUUUGAA